AGAAAUGACUCUACAACUACAGAAGCUAAUGGCGUCCCUACUGGUGAUCAUGUGUCACAUGUCAUGUGGUGUGCAGGCAGCCCCCGCACCCAUGAGCAGCAGCGUUACAGAGAUUGACGAACAGGGUAGAGAGAUCUGUCCACCUCUGAGAAGACCGGGUCAGGACACUAUAAUAGUUCCUGUAGGAUUCGAGGUAGAGUCUGACUGUGGCAUGUGCGUCUGUACCAGAGAGAACGGUCUGGUAUGUAAAGGGUGCGAGGACUGCUCAUUCCACGGUCAGACCUACAGACAUCACCAAACCUGGUGGAACGUUUGUAAUGAGUGUACGUGUUACAACAGCACCAUUAUCUGUCUCGAGAAAUCCUGCCCGGACACAUGCGAGUAUCACGGCCAGACUAAGUUCAUUGGUGAAAUGUGGGAGGACGACUGCAACACCUGCACCUGCACCGACCACGGGACAACUUGUUCAGAGACUCAAUGCUGGUGUGAAUUUAGCGGGUUGACACGUGUCCACCAGGAGAGAUGGGAACAGAACCAGGGGGAGUGGUGCACCUGCCUCUCAGGAACAGUUAUAGGGUUCGCCUGCAUGUUCGAGGAAGCUAACCAGCUUAACGAGCUCAGCAAUCUGAUCAACAUACCUUCCUUUCAUGGGUAGAGAUUGUAACCAUGGUUACCCUGGUAACCCUGGUAACCCUGGUAACCCUGGUAACCCUGGUUACACUGGUAACCCUGGUAACCCUGGUAACCCUGGUAACCCUGGUAACCCUGGUUACCCUGGUUACCCUGGUUACCCUGGUUACCCUGGUUACCCUGGCGGAUUCGAAACAGGAGGUGUGAUCUGAGACCUGUGGAGAAGAUAGAUUUUACUUUUAGAGCUGACAUGAAUAUACAUUGUGUUAUUUAAAUUUAUUAGAUGUGAUGAUAAUUUAUUAGAUGUUAAGAAAGUAAGUGAUAAUAUCAGAUAAUAUGUCAGUGUCACAGUGUUGCGAUGACCUCGCUUAGAUCACACUGCGACUUGAUAAAUUUUAACUGCCAUGCUCGUUCCAAUUCAAGUAACAAGUUUCAUAA